ACUGGCACCUCAAAAGUUUUACAGGUGUCAUAUCUUAAUUUGAUUACUCUGUUAUCACAGAGUGUUCCUGUACCUCAGGAAAUUAAAAUAAACCAUAUGAUUUACAUAAAUUCACUGAAAACCCGCAGUUCUUUCUCUCUCGUGUUCAACUACACUUUUAAAAGUUAAUGGAAAGAGCCAAUGGCACUUUAACAAUUCAUGUUCACAGCAACAGGAAAUAAAUGUAUACUGUAUGUACUGUAAUUACCAGAGUCUAUAAAUGUGCAGGGUGUCAUGUAUGUAUUACAGGGUUCAGAAAGUAUGGUGGUGUAGUAGUGAACAAAAAUGCAAGAUCACUCUGCGUUAGACCCAGUUUGUUCAAAGUGAAAGUGAAAAUGUAAUGGCCAUGUCAAGUAACUUUCAGUUCAAGUCCUGGAAUUACCCCCGCUCUGUGAAAUGAAAUGCAAAAGCACAUAUCAUCCUCUCACAGUGGAUUCGUGAAGAGAAAGGAAGACGAGUUGACGUUUUUUCUGUUGGGACUGACUUAUGAUUAAAAGCCUCUGAGGACAGUUGAUAAUGAGUGGCUCACUCCUGCUCGCACAGUCCGUUCCGCCAACCUCACUGAAGUGCCCCAGGUGCCACCAGGCUGGGGCCAGAAAGGUCAAAGGUCAGUGUGCUGUGUGUCAGCGCUGCUCCGAGGCCCUGCGCCGUGUCUACCAGUUCUGCUGGGCCUGUGGGAGAGAGUGGCACCAGUCAGGAGGAACCCUGGAGGGUCAAGGGGUCCAUUUCUCCUGCCCUCUGCCAGGCUGUGCCCUCAGGGCUGCCCUCCUCUCCCCAGAGGUCAUAGUUGAUCCAAGCAGUUCAGCCCAGGGAUGCCCCUUCUUCAGGGCCUGUCCUCACUGUAAGGCCAUCCUCACUCACACUGGAGAGGGAUGCUCCAAUAUCAUCUGUCCACACUGCCAAAAGGAGUUCUGCUUCCGCUGCUUGAAGAAGGAGUGCUAUUAUUAUGAAGAGGAAGAUGAUGAUGAUGAUGAUGAUUUUGAGUAUCCUUUACCAUGCACUGUGGUGGAUAACAGUCAGUCUCUCAGAGAGUUGGAACUGUAGGGGCUAUGCAACGGUCUGUAGAACAUAAUUUACGGCCUCAUUCAUUACCACUUGCAAAAGGAAAUCAUCUUGAUUGUAAUUACUAUUGGAUUUAUUAUAUUAGUUCUAUGGUACAAAGACAUCAUAUUGCUAUGCUGCAUUGCUUCUAUGGAUGCCAAGGGAAGCCAGACUUCUCCCCCCAAAAAUUAAAGAAAUAAACAUAAAAAAUCAUUUAUA